GCAAGGCGUCGUGACGCCACUUCCUGACCGGUAGUUUUGCGGGAAGUUUGGUCCUCAUACGCAGUAAACCUACAAGAAGCAACAACAUCAAGAUGCCUCCCAAAGUUAAGGCGGCAGGGAAAGGCAGAGCUCCAGCGAAGAGGAAGCUGGCAGAAGAGUUUCCACCUGGUGAGGUCCUCACAGACACUGGGAAGAAGAUGUGGAAGCUGGGGGCUCCAAUCGGCCAGGGCGGCUUUGGUCUCAUAUAUCUGGCUGAAGAGGAUUCUGCAAAACCUGUGGGCACCGAUGCUCGCUACGUCAUCAAAGUGGAGCCCAGUGACAAUGGACCACUUUUCUCUGAGCUCAAGUUUUACAUGAGAGCUGCUAAGCCUGAAAUGAUUCAGAGCUGGAUGAAGUCUUACAAGUUGAAACAUUUGGGCGUUCCUAGAUACUGGGGCUCAGGUCUGCAUGAGAGAGGAGGGAAAAGGUAUAGGUUCAUGGUUAUUGACAGGCUCGGCACAGACCUGCAGAAGAAGUUUGAAGAAAGUGGAAGGAGGUUCCCCAGAAAACUGGUUCUGCAGCUCGGUCUUCGACUGCUGGAUAUUCUGGAGUAUGUCCAUGAUCAUGAGUAUGUGCAUGCUGACAUAAAGGCAUCCAACCUCAUGUUGAGCCACAGUGAUCCCAACCAGGUUUACUUAGUAGAUUAUGGGCUGGCAUAUAGGUACGCACCUGACAGUGUCCUCAAAGAGUACAAGGAAGACCCCAAGAGAUGUCACGAUGGUACCAUUGAGUUCACAAGCAUUGACGCCCACAAAGGAGCAACUCCAUGUAGACGGGGCGACCUGGAGAUUCUGUGCUACUGCAUGGUUCAGUGGCUAUGUGGACGCCUGCCCUGGGAGGACAAGCUGCAGGACCCCCUCUACGUCAGAGACUCCAAAAUCAGGAGCAAAGACAACAUCUCUGAAUUCAUGACCAAGUGUUUCUCCUCUCAAGACAAGCCAGAUGAGAUCAAGAGGUUCAUGGAGGAGGUGAAAUCUCUGGGAUACCAAGACAAACCACCAUAUGAGAAGUUACGCUUCAUCCUGCAAGACGGACUUAAGGCUAUCCAGGCUAAAGAUGACGGCAAGCUGACUUUCACUCCUGUCAGUGGAGCUGCAUCACGCCCUGCCCAGAAAACCACCAAGAGAAAAAAAGCAUCAGAUGAAGCAGAAGAGAGUGAGACUGACGGACAACCUAUCAAGAAAAAGAGAGUCACAAAGAAAAGAGAAGUGAAUGGAGUGAAGAAAAGUCCCAAAAAAACAACUAAACCAAGAAAGGUACCCAGCACUGGAAAACCUGGUGACCCCAAAUGUAGACUGGUGGAGAUGGGCACCAAGACGUCACCCGGACCUGCCCAGAAAUCCAGAGGCAGACCCAAGAAAACCAUUGUCUAAGGAUCCACCCUGUUACACUUCUCCCUCCAUCCUCUGGUCUCUAUAUGGUUUCUAUCUGUAAAACACACUGUGAGAUGUUGAUGUUUUAUUUUAUUUGGUGUGGUUGAAGCCAGAUCUAUUGUAAUAAAGAGGAAAUUCAAUUGUC